GUCCCAUCUUCCCCCACCCUACUGUACUAUGCCUAACACGCUGCUAGGUUAAAUAGUGAUUAAAUACAUAUACCCAAGUAUUUGUUGCUAGGGUAAACCAGUAAAUCUUUCCAUCUUUAAAGGUCAACUCUGGGUUAGAUUUUAAAGACGAAGAAAAAGUAUCGGAAGAAUUAAAAGACUGGACUGGAAAAGAAGUUUCAAAACUCAAUUUUAAAUCAAUCUUAGGCGAAGAAGUGCAAAUCCGAAACAGCGUUUAUCUUGUAGGAGACGAAAAGAAUGAAAGAAUACGAAACUUGCGAAAAGAACACCUUCGUUCAAGUUGUGUGUCGACUAAAACUGUUACAGAGAGUCAGUUGUUUGAUUUUUGGUCCUGGAAAGCCAAGAGGGUGCAAGAAAACUUAAGACUUCCACGGUUACUGGUGUCAGAUCAGCAUCAAGUUAUAUAUUGUUCAAUGGAAGGCGUAAACUCUGAUAUUUGGGAAAAUUUAAUUGUUAGUUUGGAGGAAGGGGCGGGUAAAGAUUAUUUGGAUCUAAGGUUUGCAGGAGGUCCAACUAAAAGGCUCCUAUGGCAAUACAACGAAAAUUCGAUCCGGUACCGAGUCGAAAAUUACUUCAAGUUUACUUUUGUUCGUGAGCCAUUAUCUCGGCUUGUUGGUAACUUUCAUAAUUACUUGUCACCCGACGAUAUAACGAAGCUGCACGAUAAUUACCUACAAUUGUCACGAGAUAUAAGAAGAAGAUAUGAUCCGGAUCUAUUUUAUUCUAUAGUGCGGCGGAAUAACACUAAAUUCGCGCGUAUGAACGAAUUUGUAAAAUAUUUAGUCGACCCGCCUACUGGCUUGUUGGGCGCUAAACGAACUUUAUUUCAAACUUAUAAUGAGCUUUGUUCGCCUUGCAAUGUCCCUUAUGACUUCAUAGGUAGAGAGGAAAAUAUGGGUGAUGACGUAGGUUACAUACUACGUAGGAUAAAAGCACAAAAACUUAAAUUUCCCUUCGAUAAACUACAAAAACCGACGGGAAAUUACGACAAGGAGCUAGAAGAUGCGGUUUCAGAAGAUCUGGUUAAAAAACUUGUUGAAAAAUAUCAAGUGGAUUAUUCGUUGUUUGGAUAUCCAAACCCGUGGCAAGAAGUACCUUGAUCAGGGACCGAACCCAUCACCCUUCAGUUAUUAAUGUUUUCAUUUUACCGUUGGCCAAUAUGGAAAAUAUAGACUGGUAGGCAGGCUUUCCCUUAUUAACUAAAUAACCUUACAUUGACAACGUAUUUCUACAAGAUGCAUGUCCAAGCAUUGUACCAAUCACGUCACAAAAAAACAACCCCCAACCGAAGCGUAACCAAAAUUUGAUUCGUUAUCAACAGGGAUGGCUGCGUACCAGUCUGUAUUUUUCCUCUUUUAGUUUUUUUUUGUUGAAGCUCUAAUAACUAAUCAUGACUCAGAUUUUUUAAACUUACUUUUAUGAAUUGUUAUUAUUAUCAAUUAUGACGCCACAAGCUACAAUUGUGGUUGAAUGUGACGUCACAACUAUAUCUUACGUGAAUCACUUUUUCCACCCAAAUAAAACAAAAAAUUUACAAUA